AUGCGAUACUGUGCCUUUAAUUUGAGCACACAGAGCCGCUGUGUGGUCUUUAGCAUCGUUGGUAUCGCCUUGGCCUUGGUGGCGUACGUUUAUGCUCGACUGUGUUGUCAAGAAGAUGAGAGGAAGCAUCAUCUUGGCCCGUGUAGUCCGGAAGGGGAGCUUUUAGAAGCCAGCGACGGUGAAAGGGACUUGGCCAGUCGGUCCUGGAACCUGAAGCAUUUGCAAACCUUCCUCAGCUGGAUUAUGUGCGGCCAAUGCUUUUUCGAAAUCAAUGAUUGGUUAGUUCCUUCUGAAGAGGAUUGCUCUCUGAAGGAUCAAAUUACAGUGCACAACCGGAGUUUGAAGCUCAUCAAGGUCUGUCUAUAUUCAUCCUUCGAUGUGGUGUGCUGGGUUCCCAUUGGUGGCAUCGCUGGAAGCUGUGUGGGUUUUAUUCGCUCCGGAGAGAAGCGCACCUUGACUCUGCCUCGGCCCUGGCGGAAAGUGAACGGGACCGAAAGCGAAGAAUCCUUUCGAUUGAAAGUCUUCAUGCCAGGCUUGUUGGAUAAAGAGUUGGCCUUUUUCCCGAAGGCCAAGAGGGGUCAAUCCUUCGCCUUCGUCGACGUCGAAGGGGUGGUGCGGCGCUCACGGCUGCUGUCCUCUCAAUCCUGUCUUCCGGAAGCCACGUUGCCGCUUCCCGCCAUGGAGAGCUCCGAAGAGGAAUACGCCUCCGCGGCUGCCGCGGCCCUGAAGAAGGAUGAGAAGUUCGAUUCCAGCGGACCGGGCCCCGGUGGCCUCGGCCUGCGGAAGCGCAGUUCGCUUCAAGUCAUGAAGGGCGGCAGUCCGCACUGCAGGAAAGCGGCGCCUGAUGAGAUUGUUGUGCGGAAUCGCAGCAGCGAAGAUGUCAGAGCACUUCUCUUCCGAGCAGACGACUACUGCUAUAUGGUACCAGUGGUUGGUAAGCUCAUGGCUUGUGGCGAUUGCAUUCUCCAAGGAGAAGAGAGAAGAUUCAAUCCCAGCACAGAUGAAAUGCAGGAAUUUACCCUAAAGGUUUAUAGCAUCGGACCGGCCUCGAAAGAGCUCACCUAUCUCACAGUGAGACGUUCGGGUCUCCCAGCGAACGCGAAAGGGCCACUCGAAAGCCCGGAAACAGCUUUUGCACCUAUCUCUUACUACUAG